AUGUGUUUUUCAACCAAGAGUUCUUCUGAAAGUAGGCUGAUAGAUAAUGGUUGUACAAACCACAUGACUUAUGAUAGAACUCUUUUCACAGAUUUGAAGCCCGCUGAAAUUGCAAAAGUUCGAAUCGGAAAUGGUGACUAUAUUUCAGCAAAAGGAAAAGGGACAAUUGCAAUUACUACAAACUCAGAAGUGGCUGGAGUUUUCUGGAAGUUCAAGAAAAUUGUGGAGAAUAAAAGUUGCUGCAAAAUUCAAGUUCUGAGGUCUGAUAACGGGAAAGAAUACACCUCGGCAAAAUUUAAUUUGUUUUGUGAAGAAGCUGGCAUUGAACAUCAGCUCACUGCUCCCUACACUCUAGAACAAAAUGGAGUCAAGCGGGAUAAACUUGACAAGAAAGCAAUUCCAGUCAGAGGAACAAGGCUACUUUCAGACAUCUAUCAGAGAUGUAAUGUGGCAAUAUACAAACCUGCUGGACAUGAAGAAGCUCUUAAAGAUUCGAAGUGGAAGAAAGCAAUGGAGGAGGAGAUGUUAACGACCCAGAAGAAUAAAACGUGGGAAUUAGUUGAAAGACCUGAAGAUAGAAAAGUAAUUGGAGUGAAGUGGGUAUACAGAACAAAGCUCAAUGCAGAUUACUCCAUCAACAAAUACAAAGCCAGGCUUAUUGUUAAGGGUUAUGCUCAGAUUUUUGGUGUUGAUUACUCUGACUUUUGCUCUCGUUGCUAG